CUCUCCUCUCCCUCUAUCUCGCUCUGACUCCGGAGGACUGGCUUCGGCGGAGCUGCUGCGGUGGAUCGGUUUGGUGGUUCGCGGUCGGACAGGGAUUUUUUCCUCGGUGCGCUCCCGUCACGGAGGAAUUUGCCAUCUGAUCAUGGGGUCAUCGUCACCACGAUCCUCAGCAUCUUCAGCCGCAUCAGCACCACACUUUACUUUCUUAACGGCAGCGCCGGAUCACGACGACAGCGCACUAAAAUAAAACUCUGGCUAUUCGUCGAUCACCACUCGGGGAAACUUUUUAACAUUUUUCCUUUUUUAAUCAAUUAUAAAAAAGCGUGAAAAAUGGAGAUCCCAACUUCCCUGCUGGCGAGUCUUUUUUUGUUAUUCCUUGGAGGGGAUAUUUUCACCAGGGCCAUGCUGAGUGACAUUGGGGACUAUGUAGGUUCCGACAUUGAAAUAUCCUGGUUACCUAAUCUGGAUGAAUUAAUGAAGGGCUAUGCCAGAAAUUUUCGCCCUGGGAUAGGAGGUCCACCAGUGAAUGUGGCCAUGGCUAUCGAAGUGGCCAGCAUUGACCACAUUUCUGAAGCCAACAUGGACUAUACAAUGACUGUGUUCUUGCGGCAGAGCUGGCACGAUGACCGCCUGUCCUACAAUCACACCAACAAGACAUUGGGGUUAGAUAGUCGUUUUGUGGACAAGCUGUGGCUCCCUGACACUUUCAUUGUUAAUGCCAAAUCUGCUUGGUUCCACGAUGUCACCGUGGAGAACAAGUUGAUCCGCUUGCAGCCCAAUGGAGUCAUCCUAUACAGCAGCCGAAUCACUUCAACAGUGGCAUGUGAUAUGGACCUGACCAAGUAUCCCAUGGAUGAACAGGAAUGUAUGCUAGACCUGGAGAGCUAUGGUUACUCCUCAGAGGACAUAGUGUAUCACUGGUCUGAGAGUCAGAGACACAUCCAUGGCCUGGACAAACUGGAGCUCUCCCAGUUUACCAUCACAGACUAUCGGUUUGUCACAGAAAUGAUGAACUUUAAAUCUGCGGGGAGAUUCCCAAGACUCAGCCUUCGCUUCGAGCUGAGACGUAACCGAGGCGUCUACAUCAUACAGUCAUAUAUGCCUUCCAUUCUACUGGUUGCCAUGUCUUGGGUAUCCUUUUGGAUCAGCCAAUCAGCAGUCCCUGCCCGUGUAUCCUUAGGGAUCACAACUGUUCUCACUAUGACCACAUUGAUGGUAAGCGCCCGCUCCUCCCUGCCUCGAGCAUCAGCCAUUAAGGCAUUAGACGUCUACUUCUGGAUCUGUUACGUGUUUGUGUUCGCUGCACUCAUUGAGUAUGCCUUUGCACACUACAACGCCGACUACAGACUUAAAGAGAAGGCCAAGGUGAAGGCCAACAAGCUCAGCUCGGAGUCAAUUGUGAAGAAUGGAAAACAGGCUAUGGUUCUGUUUUCCCUCUCGGUUACCGGCAUGAACCAGAGCGUGAUGAUUGCUAACCGCCAUGGGCGGGCCCAGCGCUCGAGCAGUGAAAUCCCCGGAGAGGGCGGCAGCGAGGAGACUGAGCCGAGGAGGAGAAGGUCCAAGCAGGCAGAGGAGACAAAGGAGGAAAAGAAGUGCUGUUCCAAGUGCGUCUGCAAGCCCAUUGAUGCCGACACGAUCGACAUCUAUGCCAGGGCCGUUUUCCCCUUCACUUUCGCUGUGGUGAAUGUGAUCUACUGGGUGGCUUACACCAUGUGAAGAAGAGGCAGCCGGGCUGUGAGAAUGGCUGCCAUCUCGAGCUGUAUAUAAGACACUGCUGGAGCUGUGCAGCUACAAAGCGGGCAGAAUGAUGCAGCUGAAGUAAACUCUAGGCCUCAGUUAGAAAUCAAAAUGUAAGAAGAAGUGUUAAGCCUUUGAAUAUGGAUAUCUAUGAUUAAUGGAAGGAGUAAUGAGUAUACAAAGUGUAAAAAGGACUUCAUUUAUUUAAAUACAGAUACAGAAACGUUUUGUAUGAAGUCACAGAACUAUGUUGCCUGUUAAAAGUUCACAUAUACAGUGAAGUUAUAGAAGCUUUACAAUGGACGUAUACGGCAAAUAAUCCUGCCUAAAGUUCCGCCCACAAGCUGACAUCUUCAAAAGACGAUCACGAGUUCAUGUAGUUGCUGAACUCACUUAAAAAAAAAAAAAGUCUGGAG